CGUCACUGCAUGUCAAGCCCGGAGAACGCUUGAAGUCCGCAACACCGACAACAUGGUCAUCAAUCCCACCUACCUCGCUCAGCGCACGCGCUCAUCGAUCAGCUGGAACGAUGCGAAGAAGAGGGUCAUUCACAGCUACCGGGACUGGCUGCGGUCGGCUCCCGAGAUUCAGACCAUGUAUUCGCUCAAUCUUCCGGUCUCAACGCUUCGGACAAAAAUGAGACAAGAAUUCGAGCGGCAUCGAUACGUAAAUCAACUCAAGACGGUGGAUGUUCUGAUCUUCAACAGCCACCAAGAAUUCCAGGAAACUCUAAAUUUCUGGAAGCAGCUAUCGCACGUUCUCAAGUACUUCCGCGCUGAGGAGGAGCCCAAGGCUAGGCUGCCGAGUAACUUCAUUAAUGGCUUCUUGGAGGGUCGCAACUGACCGUGUCCCAAGUCUGGAGUUUGAGAAUAAGCAAAUCACAAGAAGCAUGUAUAUAGCUCGAGCCAAUACCAUUUCCUUUCCCGUGCGCCAAUCAGCCAUGCUGCCCAGUGAACGCCUGCAAUGCACACAGUCGAAACUCGAAUCUGCAUCUAAAAGGGACUCUCUCCUAUUCCUCCAUCUUGUUCACGAAGUCAUCUCUUGCGACCUUGAAUUUCUCCUCGACGACAUCACACA